AAGUGGGGGAGAAUAAUGUUUCUGUCUCUUCCUACGUUGACUGUCCUUAUUCCACUGGUCUCUUUAGCAGGACUGUUCUACUCAGCCUCUGUGGAAGAAAACUUCCCACGGGACUGCACUAGCACAGCAAGCCUGUGCUUUUACAGUCUGCUCCUGCCCAUUACCAUACCAGUUUAUGUGUUCUUCCACCUUUGGACUUGGAUGGGUAUUAAACUCUUCAGGCAUAAUUAAUACAACCAGAGCUAAGAUAGUAGAUAUAUUAAUGAUAGGUCUUGAGUGUGUAUUUCUAAAACUUAACUACAUGGAAAUACUGGAAACCCACUUAAUUUGCAGGAAAGGUGCUUUGCCUUGCUUCUCUCAGGUUUAGGACUAUGGGAGGCUUAAGCUGCAGAAGUUUCUUUUAUUGUACUUUUGUUCUACCCUUGUUUUUUUUGAAAAUUUUUAUUUAUAACUAUUGUAUCAGAAGAAAUAUUUCAACAGUUUCUUGUUGGAAAUUAACAAUCCCAACCAUCACCUGAUGACUUUAUUUCUUACCCCAUUCAUCUAAAAGUUAAUUAAAAUUUUAUAUGUCUAUUUUAGAUUUAAAGUAUUUGGUAGAGUCACGUGUAAAAGAUGACUGAAAUAAUUCCAAAGCAGCUAUGCUGAAGUUGUUGUAGAGAAACACAUUUGAGCUCAUGUGACAGAAAACUA